CUCACUCACCAAACCUCGAAUUCAUUUCAUUAGUGUAUCCUCCUCUCUCAUUUCUCUCCUCUACAAACAAGUUCGAGUUUUACAGAUAAUUGUUGCAGUAUAUUUAAGCGGUUAAACAUGUCUGAGGUAUGUUUGCCUGCUUUGUAUAACCGAAGCUCGAGUUUUAGUAGCUUGAUUACAUGCUUAUCAUCGGAUUCAUGGGGUGAUUUGCCACUACGAGAAGAUGAUUCUGAAGAUAUGGUCAUCUACAACUUCUUGCGUGAUGCGGUUAGUGUUGGAUGGACGCCGUUUAAUUUCUCGGCUAGUGAAGCUGUUAAGCCUGAGCCAGCCGAUGAAAGCAAGCCGGUUGUUACGAACUCGGCUCCUGUUUCGAUUUCGGUUCCCACUACCUCGGCUCAAGCUGUUGCUAAAACGGAGCCGGCUUCCCCCGCUUCGCCGGCUUCACCGGCGUCCAAGGGAAGGCACUACAGGGGUGUAAGACAGAGGCCAUGGGGGAAAUUCGCGGCGGAGAUAAGAGACCCGGCUAAGAACGGCGCGAGAGUGUGGCUCGGAACUUACGAAACGGCUGAGGAAGCCGCGUUAGCUUAUGACCGAGCGGCUUACAGGAUGCGUGGCUCGAAAGCGUUGUUAAAUUUCCCGCACCGAGCCGGCUCCAAUGAGCCGGACCCCGUGAGGAUCACGGCCAAGAGGAGAUCCUCCCCCGAGCCGACGGCUUCGGGGAGUGACUCCCCUAAGCGCAGAAAGAAGGGGCUGACGGCUGAGAAAGCCGAGCCGGAAGCGGAGAGCCGAGCCAAUGUGUGCACAAUUGAGUGCCCAGUAAAACAAAUGCCAGUUGGAGAACAAUUACUGGUUAGCUAGAUGAAUGCAGGGCUUGUUUGGUUGUGUAAAUAGAAAUGAAUGAUUAUGUGCAAUUGGUUUGUAAUGUCAGUUGCUAUGAAAGUGAGGGAGCGUGGCUAAAGCGCGCGAUGAGACAAUAUCUGUGCUUACUGUUUUGAUAGAUCAUCAGUGAGAUCACUUCGCAUUAUGAUUGUUUAAUUACCGAUUUAGGUACAAAGUAUUGAAAAUGGAACCAUGUCCAAAUCAAGCUAAAUUUUCUUGUC